AUGCCGGCAAGAACAUUGAAGCAAACUUUUUAUGAAAACCUCACGGUUUACCCCGAAGCCAGGGUACCUAACAACUAUCGCUCACUCGGGAAAGAAGCCGACGAACAGGUUGAAUGUAUGAUCGUGAUUCCAGAUCCAUUGAUAACCCGAGCACAAAGUUAUCUAUCUCGCAUAACAGCCUCUCCUGCAACAGCGCUCAACUCCCUAGCACUCCUAAUUGACGAUACAAUCAACUUUCGGACGGAAGCCGACGUGCUCAGGGCUAGCUGCCUCGAGCUGUUAUACCCCGUCAACAGCGCCCUGACAGAGGGUCUCGGAAAGGGCGAGCGGAUCUUUUGUGGAGGAGAGCGCAAAAUGAAUACUAGCCGCGUUGACCUGAGAUGGUCAUACCAAGCAAAUGAGAACGCCGAAUCACACGUCUUUGCGGUUCUGGAAUUCAAAAAUACCCAGAACUAUUCACCCAAGGGACUUUCGGCCUGCAUUUUCGGAGGGUGA